CCUUCCAGAUGACCAUGAAUGGAAUCCUCAGGGAACUCUUGGACAAGUGCGACAUCAUCUACCUCGACGAUAUAUUGAUCUACAGGAGAAGCAGGGAGCAGCACUUAACGGAUCUUGAUGCUGUCUUCACGCUGCUGCACAAGAACUGCCUCAUCACCAAGGGGUCCAAGUGUGAAUUUCUUAAGCAAGAGUUGGAGUUUCUGUGCCACAUCGUCUCUACUAAUGGAGUGAAAAUCGACCCACUAAAAAUCAAGACCAUACAGGAGUGGAAGCCACCGCGAAACGACAAGGAGCUGCAAAGUUUUUUGGGAUUCAUAAAUUACGUCCGCCGCUUUAUCCCCAAUAUGGCUGUGUUAUCCACCCUGCUAACCGACUGGCUGAAGGAUCACGAUUGUUUUUGGUGGGGGGAGAAUCAGCAAGCUGCAUUUGACCAACUGAAGAUCGCCUUCACGUCACCGCCCGUCCUUCGCAUCUCCGAUCCUGACUGUCCAUACGAAGUUAUCACUGACGCGAGCAGCAUCGCCAUCAACGCGGUUCUCCUACAAGAUUUCGGCAUAGGGUUACAACCAGUCGCCUACGAAUCACAGAACCUGCAUGGCGCAGAGAAAAAUGAUAUAGUAUACGACAAGGAAAUGUUCGCGAUCGUCCACGCGUUCAAGACCUGGUGGUGCUACCUGACAGGUGUGGACGUCACUGUGCGAACCGACCAUAAGUCCCUACAGUACCUACGAGCCCAACCGAAUCUCAACCCACGACAGAUCCGCUGGCUCGAUUUCCUCGAGUCAAUUCUCCACUACACCAUCACCUACAAAAAGGGUGCCAACAAUAUUGCUAAUGCCCUGACCCGACCCACUGCCCAUAAAGCUGCCAUACUAUGACCAAUAUGGUGACACCUAUCACAAC